CUCACAUUCUCACAUUAUGGAAGGAACUUCUCGAAGACUUCCUUAUACUAUAAGAUUCGUUGGUCUACUUGGCAGUCAUUCUCUUGGUAGAAAUCCAAAGUUUAUGGUUACUGCGGUAAAGUUAGGAAGGGAAUUGAUAAGGCGAAAGAUUAAACUUGCCUAUGGAGGAGGUAGUGUUGGCCUUCAAGGAGCUGUUGCUUCAACAGUCUUUACCAAUGGUGGUAUCGUUAGAGGUUUCAUUCCUGGUUACAUAGCAACACGAGGUGUCUACGGACCUACGUACGGUGUAGAGCAUACAGUUUCCAGCAACUAUUACAAGUAUUUCGAGAUGAAUCACGCCGUGGAAGCUUUCAUCAUUCUUCCCGGAGGAGUUAACACUAUGGAAGGUUUGUUCACCUUGAUCUCGUGGGCCUCUGAAGGGUUACACAAUAGACCCAUUGGUCUUUUGAACAUUGACGGUUAUUUCAAUAACCUAAUCAAGUUUCUAGACGAUGCGGUGAGACAGAAUUUCAUGGCUUCCAGUCAAAGAAAACUUUUCAUUUCUUCUUUCUUUGUUGGUGAGCUUUUAGACAAGCUAGAGUUCGCUAAAGCUUUUCCGGCUUUUGGGGCUAAUUAUGACGAGUUCACAAAUCCUGGUGGGUUAGAUUUGGAUUUACAUUUAUAAUAUUACUUCAUGUAAUCCCAGUUGUAUUUGUGUCGGAAUCCAUAAAUAUUAUUCUAGGCUGUUCCCAAUCAAGAUCACACAAUAAGUAAACAGGUUGGAUUUAU